AUGUUUUUAACUAGAAGUGAAUACGAUCGUGGUGUCAGUACAUUUUCUCCAGAGGGUCGUUUAUUUCAAGUCGAAUACUCUUUAGAAGCAAUCAAAUUAGGGUCUACAGCUAUAGGGAUAGCCACAAGUGAAGGUGUGGUUCUUGGUGUAGAAAAAAAGAGCCACGUCACCCUUGUUAGAAGCUGA